GUAGUCUGUGUCUCAAGACGAUCAACAUCAAAGUUUACACAUUUUUUCCAAAAAUAUUUGAUUUAUUUCUAUUAUUGGAUAUGAUUAAAGCUAUAAAAAACUACAAGUCUUUUGCAGUGUGACUACUGAAUACGUCCACUUAAUUUCCUAUUAAAUGUAUGUCACCUCCUUUCCAAAUGAAAAUGUUUUGUAAAGUUUAGGAAACAAUUUUGUGAAAAUCAUGAAGUGGAUAUUCUAUUGCAUAGCACCGAUCAUUCUAUCAGUGUUGUGGUACUGCCCUACGUUGGGUACACUGUUAUAUUUAUUACUGUUUAGUAGCUUAGUGAUUAUUGGUGUUUUCCUAUUUACGUUGUGGGGCCAUGUAUCCCUCUCGUCUCCUCAUCAAACUUCACUAUUUCUCUUAGAAAGAACAGAAAGGGAGUCUCGCGAUUUCAACGAAAUCAUCAAGGAAGAGAAAAACAACUGGCCAUUUACAAGUAAAAAGGCGCACCUUCCCGUCAUAUUCGGCAGAACAGUUGACAGUCAGCUGCAGCAGCUAAUAGACAACAUCCUGCGCGACUAUGUCACUCGGUGGUUCCGAGAGCUGUCUCACAAGCCCGAACCCGCAGUGGACAAGUUUAAGGAACACCUGUGGACCGCUAUACAGAAUCUUAACGAGAGACUGAUGAAGGUUGAUGCAGAGAAGCUCCUAGCUGGAGAUAUGGUCACAAAGAUUACGCAGCAUUUUGAAAAGAUUAGAAUAGCUCAGAGUUGUGCCAUGGAGUUGAACCAGCCUCCCGUCUUUGCUCUGGCCCCCCACCUGCUCUCCCCCGAGCUAGAGCUUCACUACCUGCGGCAGGUCAGCGAGCUGGUCGUGAUGCUGCUGAUGCCGCGCUGCUACUCCAUGACGCCGGGCUCGCAUCUUGUGAGGGAGGUGCUGGCAUGUAAAGUCCUCCAACCAGCAAUAGACAUGGUAACAGAGCCCGACUACAUCAACCAGAAGAUCAUACAAUACUUGGAGGCACAAAAGGAGGUAGAUGCAAUGCACAUCAAGACACAUGAAUAUGCCAAGACAUUUGAGGACUACAUCAAAUUGAUCAAUAGUUGUAAUAAUGUUGAUACGCUUAAGCGGAUAAGAUACGACAUAGUCACGCAACUAAUGCAAGCGACGACCCUUCAAAACGUGAAACGUGCGAAAGGGAUAGACAUAGACAUGCAAGAGAAAGGCACCAACCAACUGACGAAGCAGCAGAUAUCUGAUGCGAAGAACUUGAAGAGAUACAUAUCACAGCUGACGAUAGCUAAGGACGAGUGUGAGACCGCGCUCAAGAACCUCGGCUGGGACGGAGCGUUCCCCAGUGUGGAUACUGAUGAUAAGAGCCUGCCUCUACAAACGGUGCUCAACACCGCGACCGGCCGCCGCCACCUCACUCUCUUCCUCGACUCAGUCCACGGCGGCGCACUAGCCGGCUGCUGGCUGGCGCUGGAGGGGCUGCGGCGCGCGCCCCCCGCCGCCCGCCACGCGCGCGCCGCUGAGUUGUACUACACGCAUGUGAGGAGACAGCCCCCGGCUGAUGUUGACAAGGACACAAGAAAACGCAUGGAAUCCUUCCUCCUCGGUGACGGAGGCCCGGAAGUAUUCUACGAGUUCCAAGACACGGUGGUCGACACGAUACAAGACAAGUACUACUCGGCGUUUCUGCUCAGCGACCAGUAUAAGGCGCUACUUAAGGAGUUGGCCACUGAGGACGGCAGUGCAGACCUCACAUCAGACCGCUCGCCCAUAGAGGAGCUAGACUGUGCGUUGGCACCGCGCGAUGCGGCUGCACCUUUAGCCGAUCACUCCACGUACGCACGACGGAAACUGAGCACACUGCAUGAGAAACAUAAGAAUAAGAUGCAGGCCCUAGCAGCCCUCCGCGCCUCACUAAAGCCCGAAUCCCGAGCGCUAUCCAUGUUAGCCAACGAAGUAGAACGUCUGGCGGGAGAACAGAGGCGACUGGAGGCGCAUCUAGCCAGGACUGACACCUGGGCUGAGCACCUGGGGCAGUGGCGGGCCACGCUGCAUAGUGCUGAGGUGAUAGACGAGUCAAAACCUCCGCAAUUCGUUAUAGUAGUGCACAUGGACACUCAGGCGGAGGGCGCGGAGGAGCGCCCCGAGCACAUCUGCACCGGCUGGGUGCUGCUCAGGACGCUGCCCGAGUUCCAGGAGUUGCAUCGAAAACUACGGCCUAUGUGUCCAGAACUCAAAAAUAUAGAACUACCGUCAAAUUCGUUUAAGUUCCUGUUUGGAAAGAACGACAGAAAUAACCUGGAGAAGGCGAAAAUAUUGAUACAGAAGUACUUGGAAUUCGUUCUAGAAGACGAGCGACUGAACCAGAGCGAGGCUUUAUACACGUUCCUCAACCCGAGCUCCGAGUACCUCAAGCAGGUCGACCUGCCCAAGAAGAACAAGUUCUCCUUCUCCACGCUGUUUAAAAGCACCAGCAGCGAGGGCACAUCUCGCUCGUCCCAGGAGCGGGAGGGCCAGUUGUCCGGGGACGAGGACGAGCUGUCCUCGUGCCUCGACGCCGGCGACGCGCCCGCCAAGAGCAUGACUGGGUCUAUGCGAGGCAACUUACCCUCAGAAGAGCGAGACAGCUGCGCGGAGCCUCUGUACGCUCUGCUCAGUGAACUGUUCGACAUGAGAGGAGUCUUCCGCUGGCUCCGGAAGACCAUUGUCACGUUUGUGCAGAUCUCCUAUGGGCGGACUAUUAACCGACAGAUAAAAGAGACGAUAUCGUGGCUGUUCUCGGAGCCAAUGCUGCACUACUACGUGACCACGGUGCUCAAGUCGUGGUGGCCGGCGGGGGAACUGCAGGAGCGACAUGAGAACAGGAAUAUGCAGGAUAAAGAGCACACUUGCACGCUAGCCCGCCAACACCUCACGGAGAGCGUGGUGUCCGCCCUGGGCUCCCUCGUGGGCGAGCCCGCCGCCGCCCGCGGCGCCGCCAAGCUGUUCCACACCGCGCAGUGCAGGCCGCACAACAAGCAACUGUUCUACGAGUUGUUUGAGCUAGUCCUAGUAGAAGUGUUUCCUGAACUGAAACGUUAUUGUCACUGAAGUGGAGCCGUUCAAGAAAUCCAAGUCUACUACAAAAACUACAAUAGGUUACAGCUGAAAUUUUAGACCCAUACAGGGAUUUAUCGAAGGUGUAACUUUCUCAUAUUUUUGUACCGCUCUAUUAUAUUUGAACUUUUGUAAGAUGACGUACUUAUGAAGCAACGUUUGUAAUGUUCUUUUUGACAAACUUCGUAUCGAAAUUUUCUUGGACAUUUUAACACUUAAAAACCAGCCAGUCAAAGUGGUGGUUUAAAAUAGUAAUUUAAAAUUUAUUUCGCUCAAAAUUGCACUUUUAGCAAAAAUUGUGUAAUGAGUGCACAGCAUUUCAAACUGUUACUGGCGUUCAUUGUCUACUUUAAUGUUAAAUAUUAGGUGAUUUGCAAGAGAUUUAUACUCUAAAGCUUGCACAAUAAUAUUACGCACGGAGCGAGAGACUUUUCAGAUGCUACUGUUCUCGAUAUAUUGUGUAACCACAUCACGUGAUUACAAAUUACAGCCAAUCAGCGUAAUCUAGCGGAAUGAGCAUCUAUUAUUGUGUAAAUCCGGAUUUACUCAUAA